AUGCUUGGGUCUGAAAAUGGAGGAGGAAGGGCAAGUGGUUAUAAGAUCUAGUACUGGAGAAGAACCCAUAACACAGUAUAAGGUUUGCAAGCUCAAUGUAGUGCCUAAGGAGAUUUUUGUCAAGUUCAGAAAAGAAGUUGAGGGUUAUCGAGUUGGUGUUAACUUGGAGUUUCACACAGCCCCAUACAAAGAAGAUCUGGCUAGGCUUGUUAUAAAACCUUUAGCCCCUAAUCAAAGAUGGAAGUUCACAUAUGACCCCUGGCAUCGUGAAGUUCGCCUUCUUUCCAAGAAAAUCCCAAUAACAAAAUUUCUGAAUUUUCAGGUUGGAGUAGGCCAUCGCUUUCAGUUGCUUGCAACUGGUUGGAAAUGGAAGCUCAAUACUUAUUUCGGUGGAGAUGGUAUCUCCAGCGUCCGAAAUAAAACAUCAGUUAGAUUUAUUCCUGGUGUGAAUUUUCGUUUUGGAUGGAAAGCAGAUUAUGUUCUUCCAGAAGUUAUUGGGGAUUUAGGCACUGGUGAGCCAUUGUUCAAUAUGAACUGUGGACAACUACAAGCGUCGCUGGAUAAAGUGGAGGCCAUCUUUUCUAAUUAAGCACAAUCAGUAUAAUUCCAGAUGUUGCUCAAUCUCCCUUCUGUACCUUCAUAAAUCAUUCUUUGAUCAUUGAUUUAUGUGAACACAAAUGAGUUCCGAAUUUUGACAUACAGUUGAAUGUCCUGCUAAGAAUUGGCAAGACGAAGACUCUCUUAAUUGUUUCCUUUCUACAAUAUUGA